AUGUUUAUUGCCCAAAUAAAUGUUGAGGCUUGCAGUUCAGUACGGGCUAUUAAAUAUAUCUGCAAGUAUAUUAAUAAAGGCAGCGACCAAGCUAUUUUCAAUUUCAGAAACACAGAGGCCGCUAAUUCCAUAGAUGAAGUACGUACGUAUCAGUCUGGACGUUAUGUCAGUAGCAACGAAGCUGUAUGGCGGCUCUUAGGAUUUCCGUUACAUGAGAGGAACCCAACCGUCAAACAUCUCAAUGCGCACCUAGAAAAUGGUGAACAUGUCUUUUUUACAGUAAAUAAUUUUCAAGAAAGAUUGUCUUCUCCUCCAAAAACGACACUUACUGCUUUUUUGACCUCUGUGCCAAAUAUGAAUUUGCACGUACUCUUCUUUAUGUUGAGGUACCGAGAUAUAAUAUUAUACUUGGAAUACAACAAGGAAAGAAUGGAAACGCCAAAUUCAAGGAGUACCUGA